AUGGUUAGUCACAUUGAUAGAGUUGCAAACGGGCUUUAAAAACUGAAAUCUAUGCCUGAGGGACCACAUACUCUAGGAGAUAGAGAAAAGACUAUCAGAUAAUUGAAGAUUGAUUUGACAUUUUUCCAAAAUAUCCCACCUUGCUUUGAACCAUCUCCAAAAGAGUGCAUUCUAGCUCGCGAGGUUUAUGAGUAUGCCACAUUCCUUAGUGUCGAGAAGUAAGAUAUCUUAGAGUAUGAACAUCAUAUGAGCAUUCUGAAAACUUAUUACGAUGAGUUUAAGUAAGAAUUAAGAUUUAUAGCAAUUUAUAGUGGAGUGAUCCCCCCUUCUUAAAAAAUGUAUGCAAUCUUGGGUCUUUACCUCCUUUACCUCCUUUCUUACAAUAAGAUCUCAGAGUAUCACACAGAAAUAGAACUAAUUCCUAUCGAAGAGCAGCAGAAUGUAUAUAUAACAGUGCCAGUCUCUCUUGAGCAGCACUUCGUUGAGGGAAGCUAUAAUAAAAUUCUGACUCAGAAAUAAAACGUACCUCUUGAGGCAUAUCAUUUCUUCAUUAACAAAUUUGUUGAUGCUAUCAGAUUUGAAAUCGCUAGAUCAGCUGAAAGAGCAUAUGAGAGUUUAAGUCUAAGAGAUACCUAAAAAAUAUUCAUGAUAGACAAUCAGCAGGAUCUGCUGAGCUUCAUUAAUGGUAAUAGUGGUAAGGAAGGAGUUGAGUGGCAAAUAUCAGGAGACAGACUUUUCUUCAGCAGACAAAAGGAGCAAAUGAAGGAGAUUCCAGCAAAUAAGAUGAUCUCUCUAAGCUUAGACUACGCUACAGAGCUAAAUAGAAUUGUUUGA